UUAACACCCACCCCACUCUGGCACCCCACCCCCUACCGCCACCUCUCUCUUAUUACCACACAAUAUAUCUCCGUUCGUAUUUCCUUCUUUUCUAUACACAAACAACAACAACAACAAAUUAAACGAUCAAGCAACGACGCCCCUUCAUUUAAAUGGACUCCCACAAGAACCCUAAUCUUGAAACCACCCAUUCUAUACCCUCGUCUUCACAAGAUCUCAAAAUCAACCAUGGCUUCAACAAUCUUGAGAACAAAAGCUCUUCCUUUUCACUGGUUGUCAAUGGAGAACACGACGUCAACGACGGAAGAAGUACCAUCUCAACACCGUCACCAUCACCACCAGCAGCGGCGGCGGCGGAGGAGGAGGAGUGUGGAAGGGAGAGGCUAAAGAGGCACCGCGUGGAGAUGGCGGGUCGGGUUUGGAUUCCAGACAUAUGGGGUCAAGAAGAUCUGCUUAAUGACUGGAUAGAUUGCAGUGUGUUUGAUUCUUCUUUAGGGAACAGUAGUAUACUGUCAGCAAGAACAGCUUUGGUUCAAGAAGCGAGAUCAACUUUAAGGAUCGAAAACCGGUGUUAAUCAGCCGGCGGCCGUCGUUCAGUAAAUAACCAGAGAUAUGUCGAAGAACUGAUCGCUAUAACACGCGAUGAACUUUCACCGGAGAUGUGAUUUUUCGGAUCUUCGAGGGUAAUUAUUCAAAUUUUAUGUAUUUGUUUGGUUUUCUAAAUGUUUUCAAACCAAAAGCAAAAUAAUGUUGUUGAUAUUAGAAACAUUAAUUAAUACGUUUUUUAUUUUGAGUUA